UUCAAAAAAAAAUAAUAUUGACAUUUUUUCCCAUGGGCCCCUUCCCUUCUAGGCCCUGGUGUCAUAAAAGCGAGCCACAUGGCCCAUCCUUAAACUGCCGGCCCAUUUGUCUCCCACCUUUUUCAAAGCCCCUCUGCCUGAGUUUCUCCCUCUCAUUCUCAUACUCCGACUUCCCCAAUUUCCCUACCCCUCCACCGCCACAAUGCCGUCCUCCGCCGUCAAACUGCCCGGCGACUUCGUCAACCUCAAUUCUAAGCACACCACCUCCACAUUCACAAUCCAACCACCCGCCGCUGAUCUCUCCGGCGACGUCAACAAUCCCAGUUGCAAUCCUACCACCCCCGGUACGGUCACAAAUUGGUCGUCCACCGCUGACAUCCCUGGCGACUGCGACAAUCACAAUUGCAAGCACUCCUCUGCCGCUAUCUCAAUUCAUCCAUCUACCUCCAAACUCUCUGGUGAAGCUGAAAAUCUCAGAUGCAAUUCUGCCACAGCCAGAGCCGGUAGAAAUCAAUCAUCCGGCGCCAACAUCUCAGACGACUUCGAUAAACUCAAUUGCAAACACGCCCAAGCUACUGUCACAAUUCAGUCAUCCGCCUCCGAAGUUUCCGGAGAAUCUGACAAUCUCUGUUCUAGUUCUACCACCGCUGGUGCCGGUGCAAAGGAUUCAUCGACUGAUGACCUCGCCGGAGACUUGGAAAAUCUCAGUUGCAAUGUUGCCGCUAACGAAACCGUAGAAAAUACGCAUUCGCCAUCAACCAAACUAUAUGCAGUAGCGUCAGACUCGAUCCAUCGGGUCGGUUUCAAGCCGACGACAACAUUGAGCAUGGGCGACAUCCAGUUUGUUCGGCGCGUGGGGAGCGGCGACAUCGGGAGCGUGUACGUGGCUAAGGUGAAGGGAUUACCGGAAGGAGAGUGCGUGUUUGCUGCGAAGGUGAUGGACAAGGAGGAGCUGGCAAGUCGGCAGAAGGAAGGGCGGGCCCGGACAGAAAGGGAAAUACUGGAAAUGUUGGACCACCCGUUCUUGCCGACGCUUUACGCCAUCAUCGAGUCCUCACGGUGGUCCUGCUUGCUGACGGAAUUCUGUCCCGGCGGUGAUCUCCACGUUCUCCGCCAACGCCAACCCCUUCAGCGCUUCCACGAAGAUGCCGUACGAUUCUAUGCAUCAGAAGUAGUUAUUGCGUUGGAGUACCUGCACAUGAUGGGAAUAGUCUACCGUGACUUGAAGCCUGAAAAUGUACUUAUAAGAUCGGACGGUCAUAUAAUGCUCACAGAUUUUGAUCUCUCUCUAAAAAGCCACGACUCAUCCUCGUCAACGGUCCAGAUCGUAGUAGAUCACGAACCUUCGAGUCCAAACAUAAAUCCCACAGACCAAUCCUCCUCCGCCAUGUCAUCAUGCAUUCUACCCAACUGCAUUGUGCCAGCUGUCUCCUGCCUCCACCCCAAACGCAAGCGCAAGAACAAGAGGUCCACUCGUUGUGGGUCCCUCGAGAUCAUAGCCGAACCAAUAGAAAUUCGGUCCAUGUCUUUUGUUGGGACCCACGAAUACUUGGCACCGGAAAUAGUCUCUGGCGAGGGCCACGGCAAUGCCGUUGACUGGUGGACACUGGGAGUGUUCAUGUAUGAGAUGCUCUACGGGAUCACACCCUUCAAAGGGCCUGACCACGAGCUAACAUUGGCUAACAUAGUGGCUCGAGCUCUUGACUUUCCUAAAGAGCCCAUAAUUGCUGAACCAAUCAAGGACUUAAUCGCAAAACUCUUGCUGAAGGACCCCACAAAGCGUUUGGGGUCCACAAUGGGAGCCACAGCCAUAAAACACCAUCCUUAUUUCAAUGGAGUCAACUGGGCUCUGUUGAGAUGUGUGUCACCGCCAUACAAACCACCGCCGACAAUGUAUAAGGAAUUUGUUCAACCUUGUAAUGGUACAACCAAUACCAACAAGGUCGAUUACUACUAGAGUCUAAAGACAAACGAACUUAUAGAAGAAUAAGUUCUUGCCCAUAUUAAAACCCAAGUUGCAUACAAUUAAUAUACAAGCUUUUUCUUUUUUUUGGCAAAACAAAUUUCUAGGAAAUUGUUCCAGUGGGAUCGGAUGAGUUGUAUAUGCACUUGUAGAACUUUUUUCCCU